UUGAACUUUGAUUGAACUCUUGAGAUUGAGUUAAGUUCUCCUCCUACAGCUUACCCCCUAGUGCGUCGAAAGCCAUAGCGUCGCGAAUACUUCAUCAAUCAACGUGAUUCAAAUUGGGAACGGUAGCUGAGAUCAAGAGCUACAACAUAUCCAAGUUUCGCGACAUUCCAACGGCUAGUGUUUUGUCGACGUCGUUUCUUGUGAAGACGACUUUUCUGUCCAGAAUUUCGGAUUUAUAUUUUGAGUAAUUCUAGCUCCUAAGUUCACCUAGACUCUGUCCUUAAUUCUAACAAGUGGCAUCAGAGCGAUAUUAAGGACAUUGAGAGGAGUCUACAGAAGUGUGAAGACCCUUCUAGACCCACCAUGGCCUGUGGGUGUGCCUAAGUGGUGUUCUAAAGGUUGGAUGUGUCUUCCGCUAAGGGGAAACUCUGCCGAAAUUUCGUGGACGCCGACACUUGUGAAAAUAUCGAGGGAGCUGAGUGUGGACAGCAAAGGGGAGCUGAAAUUCGUCAUUUCUCAAGGAGAAGAUGAAUGAGAGAGGAGGAGAUGCUAAUGGAAG